CGCCACACAGUCCAAAUCCGACAGAUCCAGUCCAGGCUUUCCAGCCGCCCCUGCCCUUAGUGGGUGCCCGCACACGGCAGUCUGCUCCCGGCCGUAGCACUGGCUGGCUGGCUCUCCUUACUGGAAGUCUGCUGCACGUCUGUUCCUCCUGUUCCAUGAGCUUGGGCACCGAUUCGGCUUCAAAACUUUCCGCCCACGGACGGAGAGCAAGACGUGGUUAGAGCCGGCCACCAAUCAUCUAGUGACACUUUUUUUUUUGUUUUGGUGCAGAAGAGAACUGAUGGUGUCGGCUUGGUCCCGGCAAAGGUAUUGACUAGAGCGGCCAGAGCGGCUUUUGGCAAUGGAAGUGCGCCCCUGGAAGAGAGGCACGGCUGGGAUGAGAAGAGAACCUGUCGCCGAUUGAGAACCAGCCUGAGAAGAAAGACAUGCCUCAGACCUGCAAAACCUUACAGGACCCCCAAUCAGACAUUAUCUGACACCCCCCUAUCAUUUUAUUCUUUUUUUUUUUCCAAUUCUGACAUUAUUUCACCUGGUUUUGCUGCAAGGUGAGAGGAUCAAUGACGACCAUCUCUAAGAUCGUUUGGAUUGGACUUUUUCAAUCAGAAGCUCUUUGUCACAACACAAAAAGCUGCAAGAGACCACCAACGUUUGGCGCCAUGUGGAAACUACUCACCUUGUGCUGGUUUAUCAUCACCCUGGCGCAAGUCCACUCUACCGAGGGGUUCAGUCGGGCUGCCCUGCCAUUUGGCUUAGUACGAAGAGAGCUAUCUUGUGAGGGUUACCCCAUCGAUCUGCGCUGUCCAGGAAGUGAUGUCAUACUGAUCGAAACCGCCAACUAUGGACGGACAGAUGACAAGAUCUGCGAUGCCGACCCUUUCCAAAUGGAAAACAUCAACUGCUAUCUUCCAGAAGCAUACAAAAUCAUGUCACAGAGAUGCAACAAUCGGACCCAGUGUAUCGUGAUUACGGGUUCAGAUGUCUUCCCGGACCCCUGUCCGGGGACAUACAAGUAUCUGGAGGUCCAGUAUGAGUGUGUGCCCUACAGUCCAUGCCCACCCAGAAUAGGAGCAAGAACACAGAAUGUGUCCUAUCGCAACUGUCCUGAAGUGGAGCAAAAAGUUUUUCUUUGCCCUGGGACUCUGAAAGCUGUUGGAGAACCCUCUUUUCAAUUUGAAGCGGAACAACAAGCUGGUGCCUGGUGCAAAGAUCCACUGCAAGCUGCUGACAAGAUCUACUUCAUGCCUUGGACUCCUUAUAGGACAGACACUCUUAUUGAAUAUUCCUCGCUGGAUGACUUCCAAAAUGCCCGUCAAACAAUUACCUACAAGCUGCCCCACCGUGUGGAUGGAACUGGAUUUGUGGUCUAUGACGGUGCUGUGUUUUUCAACAAAGAGCGCACCCGCAACAUAGUCAAGUUUGACCUGCGAACUCGAAUCAAAAGUGGGGAAGCAAUCAUCAACAACGCUAAUUACCAUGACACAUCACCCUAUAAGUGGGGUGGUAAAACAGACAUUGACCUGGGCGUAGAUGAGAACGGCCUGUGGGUGAUCUACGCCACAGAGCAGAACAAUGGCAUGAUAGUAAUCAGCCAGCUGAACCCCUACACGCUCCGUUUUGAGGCUACGUGGGAAACGGCCUAUGACAAACGCUCAGCCUCCAAUGCGUUCAUGGCCUGCGGAGUUCUCUAUGUGGUCCGCUCCACCUAUGAAGAUAAUGAAAGCGAAGUCAGCAAGAGCAUGAUCGAUUAUAUCUACAAUACUAAACAGAACCGUGGGGAAUAUGUUGAUGUCCACUUUCCCAACCAGUACCAAUACAUUGCAUCUGUGGAUUAUAAUCCGCGAGAUAACCAACUCUAUGUGUGGAAUAAUUUUUACAUCCUGAGGUAUAACCUGGAGUUCGGGCCACCUGAUCCAGCUCAUGCUCCGCCUUUAUCUCAGGCCACCGUCCCCCCUCAGCCUCUAAGAACGACAACUACCACCACCACAACAACCACAGUGCACCGGGGCGUGGCCAACAACACCACCACCACAACAGGGCCCAAGGAGGGAGGCAAGGGAGCGGCCAGGCGCCCUCCUGUAAUCCUGCAGACAACGUCCCCUCCGCCCCUAGAGUCGUUCCCGUUGCCAGAGCGCUUUUGCGAGGCUACCGAGAGAAGAGACAUCAUGUGGCCUCAGACCCAACGGGGCAUGCUGGUAGAGCGACCUUGUCCCAAGGGAACCCGAGGCACAGCAUCUUAUUUAUGUGUCCUUUCCACUGGGACCUGGCACCCUAAGGGCCCUGAUCUCAGCAACUGUACCUCCCACUGGGUCAACCAGGUAGCCCAGAAGAUCCGCAGUGGUGAAAAUGCAGCAAACUUGGCUAACGAAUUAGCAAAGCACACAAAAAACCCGAUCUACGCGGGAGAUGUCAGCUCCUCAGUGCGCCUCAUGGAGCAGUUGGUGGAUAUCCUGGAUGCUCAGCUGCAGGAGCUUCGGCCUAGUGAGAAGGACUCUGCAGGACGGAGCUUCAACAAGCUUCAAAAACGAGAAAGGACUUGCAGGGCGUACAUGAAGGCCAUUGUGGAUACAGUCAACAACCUACUCCGGCCCGAAGCUUUAAAGUCCUGGCAGGACAUGAACAGUACGGAGCAGACGCAUGCCGCCACCAUGUUACUGGACACCUUGGAGGAAGGCGCCUUUGUGUUCGCCGAUAACUUGAUGGAGCCCGCCAUCGUCAAAGUUCCUGCAGACAAUAUAAUCUUGGAUGUCUAUGUACUCAGCACCGACGGUCAGGUGCAGGAUUUUAAAUUCCCACAAUCCAACAAAGGGGGAAUCUCAAUCCAGCUUUCGGCCAAUACCAUCAAGCUCAACAGUCGUAAUGGAGUCGCCAAGAUGGUUUUUGUUCUCUACAAGAACCUAGGCCAGUUCCUCAGUACCGAAAACGCCACCAUCCAGAUGGCCAACGACGCUUAUGGACGAAACGUGUCCGUCAAUUCCGACAUCAUCGCCGCCUCAAUUAACAAAGAAUCCAGCCGUGUCUUCAUCAAUGACCCGGUGGUUUUUACUCUGGAGCACAUAGAUAUGGAGCACUACUUCAACUCCAAUUGCUCCUUCUGGAAUUAUUCCGAGAGGAGUAUGAUGGGCCACUGGUCCACGCAAGGCUGCAAGCUCCUUGAGUCCAAUAAAACACACACCUCCUGCUCCUGCAGCCACCUCACUAACUUUGCCAUCCUCAUGGCCCACCGCAAAAUCUCAGUCAACAGACAACAUGAGCUGCUGUUGACUGUCAUCACCCGCGUGGGUAUCGUGGUGUCGCUGGUCUGUCUAAGCAUGAGCAUCUUCACCUUCUGCUUCUUCCGAGGACUGCAGAGCGAUCGCAACACCAUCCACAAGAACCUCUGCAUCAAUCUCUUCCUCGCCGAGUUAAUAUUCCUAAUUGGUAUCGAUAUGACAGAGCCCAGGAUCGGCUGUGCCAUCAUUGCGGGGAUCCUCCACUUUUUCUUCUUGGCUUCCUUCUCCUGGAUGUGUUUGGAAGGAGUCCAGCUAUACCUCAUGCUUGUGGAAGUCUUUGAAAGUGAAUACUCGCGGAAAAAGUACUACUACGUAUCUGGUUACCUCUUCCCUGCCAUCGUGGUUGGCGUCUCUGCGGCCAUCGACUAUGGAAGCUAUGGAACAGAAAAAGCGUGUUGGCUAAGCGUGGAUAAUCAUUUCAUCUGGAGUUUCAUAGGACCUGUCACCUUUAUCAUCAUGCUGAAUCUGAUCUUCCUGGUCAUUACCAUGUACAAAAUGAUGAAGCACUCAACCACCCUGAAACCAGACUCGAGUCGACUGGAGAAUAUCAAAUCUUGGGUCAUGGGGGCUUUUGCACUCCUCUGUUUGCUCGGCUUGACGUGGUCCUUCGGUCUCUUCUUCAUCAACGAAGCCUCCAUUGUCAUGGCGUACCUCUUCACCAUAUUUAACGCCUUCCAGGGGAUGUUUAUCUUCAUUUUCCACUGCCUGCUCCAGAAAAAAGUCCGCAAAGAGUACAGCAAGUGCUUCCGUCACACAUACUGCUGCGGAAGGCUGCCGACUGAGAGCUCGCAUGCUUCGGCAAAAACUUCCACUACACGGACAAGCGCACGCUACUCCUCUGGUACCCAGAGUCGAAUCAGGAGAAUGUGGAAUGACACCGUAAGAAAGCAAUCUGAAUCCUCCUUUAUCUCAGGUGACAUCAACAGCACCUCCACCCUUAACCAAGGAAUGACUGGGAAUUAUCUACUAACAAAUCCUCUUCUUCGACCACAAGGCUCUAACAACCCUUAUAACACCUUACUGGCUGAGACAGUUGUGUGUAACACCCCUACGGCUCCAGUGUUUAACUCUCCAGUGACCUACAGAGAGACAAGGCACUCACUGAACAAUGUGGUGAGGGAUACAAGUGCAAUGGAUACUCUACCGCUAAAUGGUAACUUUAACAACAGCUACUCACUCCGCAGUGCGGACUUCGGCGACAGUGUACAGGUGGUCGACUGCGGACUCAGUCUGGACGACGCUGCCUUCGAGAAAAUGAUCAUCUCUGAGCUUGUACACAACAACCUGCGUGCCUGUAACAAAAGCCACCAACAGCAACAGCAGCCACCCCCCAAUUUGCAUCACCCUCCUCAUCAGCACCAUCGACCUCAACAGCAGCAUCCGCCUCCGCCGCCAUUGCAGUACCACCACCAUCGUCACCUCAUGGCGGAGCGGGCUCCACCCAAGGUGACGGCGGUGAGGGGCAGCAGCAGCGAAGAUGAUGUCAUCGUCGCCGACGCUUCUUCUCUGGUGCACGUGGGCGAAGCGGUGGGCCUCGAACUGCACCAUCAGCAUGAGCUGGAGGCGCCGCUCAUCCCCCAGCGAACUCACUCGCUUCUGUAUGCUCCCGAGAAGAAGGUGAGGACCGACGGGGGAGUGGAAACCAUUGUGGGCCGCCUGACACCCGACAACGACCAGGAAAGUUUGCAGUCUCCAAACAGAGACUCCUUGAACACUAGUAUGCCCAAUCUGAGGGACUCUCCUUGUCCAGAGAACAGUCCCGAAGUUGUGGAGGACUUGUCCCCAUCCAAGAAGAGCGAGAAUGAGGACGUUUACUACAAGAGCAUGCCUAAUUUAGGAGCCGGUCAUCAGCUGCAGGCCUAUUACCAGAUAGGCAAAGGGACGAGUGACGGUUACAUUAUUCCCAUUGCGAAAGACGGCUGCAUACCGGAGGGCGAUGUACGGGAAGGACAGAUGCAGCUCGUCACAAGCCUUUAAAUGUAUUACGAUGAACACCCAACCCUCCUCCUGACCAUCUUCAGCCGUGAACAUUUGGUGGACAAAUUAGUGAGGAAAGGUGUGUUAUUUCAACUAGCCAUUGACCACUCUUUUUCCCCCAAACAGAUCACUCUUCCGCCCUUUUCAGCCAUUGCUGCGCAACGUUUUAAUAAAAAUGUACAUACAUAAAACACACAGUCAAAUUUUCAUUUUUAGAGAUAAGCCAAUGAUGUAUUUAAAUGUGCUGCUGCUGUCAAAAGUGUACGGUACCAUAAUAGAAAUACAAAAGGACAAAAAAGAAGUGUUACUUGAUUCCUCAGAAAAGCAUUUAAAAAGGUUGUACAUACACUUCCCAGCAUCCUGUGUUUUUGUUUAUUUUUUUGUUUUUUGAUUGUGAAAAAAAAUGACAUUCAAGGACCAGGACAUUGACUAUAGCCUGUACAGCCCUUCCCCCACAAAGGAAUAUAUACGGUCAUGGUCAUCCCUUCAUCCCCAUGCUGUUUUUUCGAUUGUAUGACCACUAGCAAUCAAGCCCCGGGCCUUAUAUUUUCUCAACUGUACAUUGAAACUGUAGUCAAGAAUAAUGGCUAUAAAUAUAUAUUUUGUUGUAUUGCUGGUGUAAAAUACAGAUUCUUGGAAAACCGUAAUUAUAAAGAAACUGUUUAACUGCAAAAUUUAACAUUUGAGAGACUAUUGUCUAGAGGUUAUACAUAGUGGCUUCAACCGUUGAUUCAUGUUAGUGAGUUGGAACGUUAAAGACAUACAGUAUGUAAAGAAAUAAAUAAACUAUACAUAAAAAAAAAUACAUGGAUGCUUUAUCACAUUUUGCACCAGUGAACAGUGUUUAUACUGUCUGGAUUUCAUUGAUUAGUAUCACUCACUUAAAUGUGUUAAUCUGAUUUUGCCAGAGUUGCGUUAAGUUAUGCAUCAGUACAUAUUUUUGCUGUUAUGGCAAGUGAUGGGCAGUUUGAAAAUGAAGGGUUGUUUUGUUGAUGGGAAUCAUUAAUUUUCUUUUACUGCCUUGAUUGAAAUGGUUUAUUUAUUAAAUCUUUUUUUUGAAUAAAUGGGAAAAAAUUCUCAGCACUGGUAUACAUAUUGUACUGUAGCUCAUAAUUUUGUGUAAACAUAUUAGAAUGGGCUCGAAUCUCCACUCUAAAACUGAUGUAAAGUUCAACACUUGUUUGGCAAAUACAAUAAAUGUGAGUUUUUUUUCGCAAA